UUAUCGCCGCCAUCAGAACGGGCCCCAUUUGGCCAACAUCUCUACGAGCUCCUGUCGCGAUUCCUCGUGACGGAGCACCUCGACUAUGGCAUUACUCUUGCUCUGCAGUCUAUCAACUCGUACGAUCCCAAGACCUCGGAACCAAAUCUGACCUUCUUUGCGGCGGUGAACGAGGGCACCAGUCUGUUCAAUUUCUUUGAAAAAGCGGUCAACGAAUUCAUCGGGCCACUCUUCAAGUAUGUCCCUUGGUCCUUUUGCUAUAUACACACACACGCACACCUACCAAACACGAACCACUAUUUUUUUCUAAACUGGCCUAGUUAUUUGAUGGUCCAAGAAGUCUGUCACGUAAAACCUUGUUUUCUUUCCCAAACUUGA